GCCGCCCCCGCCCGCCGCCCCCAUGCAUCCCUUCUACACCCGGGCCGCCACCAUGAUAGGCGAGAUCGCUGCCGCCGUGUCCUUCAUCUCCAAGUUCCUCCGCAAGGGGCUCACGAGCGAGCGACAGCUGCAGACCUUCAGCCAGAGUCUGCAGGAGCUGCUGGCAGAACAUUAUAAACAUCACUGGUUCCCAGAAAAGCCGUGCAAGGGAUCAGGUUACCGUUGUAUCCGCAUCAACCAUAAAAUGGAUCCUCUGAUUGGACAGGCAGCACAGCGGAUUGGACUGAGCAGUCAGGAGCUGUUCAGGCUUCUCCCAAGUGAACUCACACUCUGGGUUGAUCCCUACGAAGUGUCCUACAGAAUCGGAGAGGAUGGCUCCAUCUGUGUGCUGUAUGAAGCCUCGCCAGCAGGAGGUAGCACUCAAAACAGCACCAACGUGCAAAUGGUAGACAGCAGAAUCAGCUGUAAGGAGGAACUUCUCUUGGGCAGAACAAGCCCUUCCAAAAACUACAAUAUGAUGACUGUAUCAGGUUAAGAUAUAGUCUAUGGAUGGAUCAUCUUAUAAUGGAUGGAUAAAUUUGAUUUUUGCUUUGGGUGGGCUCCUCUUGGGGAUGGAUGAUGAAAUUUAAACCAUGUCACAGCUGUGAAGAUCUGGCACAAGAUAGAGUGGUAAAAAAAUUUUUUUUAAGUGACAGUGCCAUAGUUUGAACAGUACCUUUCAAUGAUUUAAUAGCCUGUGAGUCCAAGUAAAUGAUCACUUUGUUUGCUAGGGAGUGAAGUCCUAGGGUGGUUUCAGUUUCUCCCAGACGGUCUACCUAAAGUUUUUCAUCAGUACCUUGGCGCAGAUCUAUUUUAAGGUACCUUUCUCUGCAGUAGACCUUGCAGAGGAAAUUUGCACUAUUACACUUGAUAAUUGUUAACCUUUUUGGCAGCUCAAUAGGAAAGCUCAACAUUUUAAACAUGGUAGUACUGGAAAAUUUAUGACAAGACUUUUACCUAGCACUUAAAUAUGUAUAAAUGUACAUAAGACAAACUAGUAAGCAUGACCUGGGGAAAUGGUCAGACCUUGUAUUGUGUUUUUGGCCUUGAAAGUAGCAAGUGACCAGAAUCUGCCAUGGCAAACAGGCUUUAAAAAAAGACCCUUAAAAAGACACUGUCUCAACUGUGGUGUUAGCACCAGCCAGCUCUCUGUACAUUUGCUAGCUUGUAGUUUUCUAAGACUGAGUAAACUUCUUAUUUUUAGAAAGUGGAGGUCUGGUUUGUAACUUUCCUUGUACUUAAUUGGGUAAAAGUCUUUUCCACAAACCACCAUCUAUUUUGUGAACUUUGUUAGUCAUCUUUUAUUUGGUAAAUUAUGAACUGGUGUAAAUUUGUACAGUUCAUGUAUAUUGAUUGUGGCAAAGUUGUACAGAUUUCUAUAUUUUGGAUGAGAAAUUUUUCUUCUCUCUAUAAUAAAUUGUUUCUUAUCUUGGCAUUUUAAUCAAUCUCUUGUCAUGAUUAUAGAGGUUUAGCAAAAGUAUUUCUCAGAAGACUUAGGUUCUGUAAGCUGUGUGAACGUCAGCUGCACACUGGUCAUGCUGAAAAACAUGGAUAAGGAGUAAAGAUGAUCUGUCAAUACAUCUUUAGAUGUUAGAGGAAACACAGGGGUAACAUUUUUUUUUUAGAAGAAAAAUCAUAAAGUCAAAACAUGGACACAUUCCCAGGCUAAUCUCAUGAAAUGAGGAUAAGAGACAAAGGUAACAUCUAUCAAAAAGAGUGAUACUCAAAGGAUUACAUUUCAUUGCUUCCCUGUUGAAGUGAAGAUGUAAAUGUUCUAUUUUCGCCCACCUUUGAAAAACAAUUAUUUUACCCCUUGGAUUCCAUGUUCAUUUAGAAAAUCCUGGGGCAUAUGUAUGACCUAUAGUCUUAAAAGAACAGGCUAAUUACUGCAGAGAGAUUGGUUGCUUUUUGCUUUUCAUCAGCUGCAAGAUUUACAUUAGAAAUCACUUAAGCUGGAAUCCCAACAAAAGGUAUGUUGAUGAAUUUUUAUUCUCAAAGUUGAAAUGAUGUUUUUGAUUCCUCGUCGUCAAAGAGUCUCAUUCAGACUUAUUUCUGAUAAAUUCUAGGAAUCUCAAUGACCAAAUGAGCAUUUGCUGCAGUGUCGUUUACUCCACCGCUACGUACAGUACAAAGACUUGGUAAUUCUUUGGUUGUAGAGGAUAGUGUGGUGUUUUGGGUGAAAAUUGACAGAAAUUUUGAGUUUUUUAAUUCUCUGUACAGUUGAGUAACAGCAUGUAGUGACUUGUUAAUAUGCAAGUGGACAUGUUCAGGCUAGAAUAUGCAACCUAGGCUACUUGAAAUCAGUAAUUAUCUAAAAUGAGUGAUAAAUUUGGGAAUUAUUUUCUAACUAUAAAUAUAAAUUAGUCUGGCUGUAAACUGUAUGGGAAUACACAGUGGAAUAUGCAGGCAUUUGGAAUAGAAGUGGUGCCCGUACUGGCAGGCCGUCCUUGAGAGUUUAUAACCACAAAACAUGGACCACUGUUAGUAAUUCAUUGUGGUUUUGUUUUUCAGUCUCUUGUAGUGCCCCCCAGAUUUUGAAGCUUGAAUUUACAAAAAUAUGAAAAACAACUGGUAGUUAACAGUUUUCACACAGGUCUCACCCCCGAUGCUGACUCCUUUUGUUUACCAAAUGCAUUUCAUCUGGGAAACUCCUUUGGAGCUUCUUAACUCAGGAAGCUUUGCACAUUCGAUCAUUUCGACCUAAGGCAAAGUAAGGUUGAUUUCUAGACAGUUUAGGAAUUUUUUUUUUUUUGAGUGGGAAUAUAUUUUAGUACCUAAAACUUGUCUUAGCCUUUUUCUCAAAUGAAGAAUUGUUUUUGAAGGUCUUCACAUCAAAUCUUUUUGUUACUGUAAGAAAAAUUUGGUGGGAAGAGAACUUUAUUUUAGAAGGAAGGUGAUGUUUGCCAUGUAAGGAGCUGUGAAGUUCAUCUUUAAAAGGUUUUCAGACGUCACUGAGACCUAGCAUCCAGCUGUUUCCUGUGACUUUAAACCUCACAUUCCCCAGACAGUUGUCUACAGUAGCUGUUUGAUAUUUCCAGUUCAUUGAUAUUUCUAGUUCAUUGCUUCUGGGGGAUGUUUUGCCUGGCUGUUUUGAUAAAAACAUUUGAGUGUCUGCCUUAUGCAGAUGCAUGUGUGUGCCGGGCCUACUUAGGUAGUUAUUUAUACCAAAUUGUGUGCUUUUUAGUAGUGAUAUAAUUUAAAAGGCUUUUACACUACCUGAGUUUUAAAAAAUAGUUUCUUAGAGAUGCUUUUAAGAAAUGACGACUGCUUCCAAAAUUAUUACUUGCCAUUGGCACCUGGAAUUCAUAGUUACUGGCAGUAAGUUUAGGAAUGUUACUUUGAAUUUUCAGUUUAAAAGUUAUUUCCAUUUUUCCAAAUGUAAGUACUCUGUGUAAUGAUAAAGCAAGUGUAUGGCAAGAGUUCUCCUAGCUCCUAGAGAAUAAUGUGGCUGUUUCCCUCUGAAAUCUGGAAUGGGAAUCACAUGUCCUUACCCUUAAUUUGCAGUAUUUCUGUAGUAGUAGACUGGAAAGGCCACCAGAAAAUUGCUUUCUGGUACUGUUGCACAAAUGGCUUCCUUAAGUUACUAUAACUCACAAAUUUCCAUUUUGUUUUGUUAUAGGUAUUACAGAUCUUGGAAUUGGCCUUUAAGUUUAAAAGAAAACAGUAUUCUUGACUCUUACAGUGUUUAAUGACUAGAGGUUUUCAAUCUCCCUUUAAUCUUGGGAACAAAUACAUCUGCUGUUAUAUUUUUUUCCCCUUUAGUGAUUUUUUUAAACAUUCUGGUUCUCCCCUUUACAGAAAAGAAAUAUAAUAGCUGAAGCAGUAUUUUGUAUAUUGAAGGCUAAACAUACCUUGCUUUGCACCUCUAUUAGCAAAUGAUGUGAUAAGAUGCUAUUGGUAAGCUGUGUGGGGACAAUUUGCCAACUGUUUGAUCUAUGCAGAGGAGAAUUCAAAAAGUAUUGGAUAAUCUAAAACUGAGUAGAUUUCUUGUUUAUCUGAAGGCAUGUAGUUUCCAGUUUAGUCUCAGCUCUAUCUCUGCAGUUGAACUUUACAUAUGACUGCUGGACAACAGUUUAUUUUUCAUGGUUAGAAUGUAAGUUUGAAAAACUACUUUGUAGUAAAAUAGUUUAUACUUAAACUGAACCAUUUAACUGAGUUCUUAAGGUAUUUACACAAAUAUACACGAGGAAUAGACUUGAGGAAUAUAUUAUGAGUUAUAAUUUCUGGUUAUUUCUAUGGAUAUUUGUAUUUUCUUCUGCGAAUAGCAUAAGGUUAAGGAACAUUGUUAAACAAGAUGUUAACUUUCGUAUUUCUGAAAUGCUCCUAAACAUGUAAGACAUACUCACAUUUAGUGAAGAUUGACACCAUUUUUCUUCAUCAAUUUGUCAUGUAUAAUUGACACCAGUUUUUUGAAUUGCAAUUUUAACAUGGCUUAUACCCUUCUUUUUGCACUACCCAGUGUUUCAAACAGGAAUAGGUAAAUGGAUUCUAAUUUGAAAACAAAAUUCUGUCAUCUCACCGAUGAAUAAUCUCACAAGGAAUAUUUUCGAGUUCAACUUCUGACUUUUAUAUAAAGCUAUUCGUGAUAUUUAACAUUUUUGUGUUGAAGAUGCGGUGUUCUCUUGGGAAUUCUCUAUAAUUAUAGCAGAUAAUACUGAAAGAUGAAGUGAUUCAAGACUAGGGUUGGAUAAAAAAGGAAAGAAUGUGGGAAAGGAAAGCAGGAAACCUAACUGAGAUGGAGGAAUUUAAAGGAUUGGUAAUAAAAAAUGCAUCUGCUGCAGCCAUAGGUUUAUCAAAAGAGGUUUGUCCAGCAAAGUCCUUUGGCAGAGACUUUGGGAAAUACUGCUGUAAUUCAUGGAUCUGGGACAAAGUCUGCACUCAAUUUGUGAACAUGCAAGUCAAAGUGGUAGUAAGAUUUAUGGUCCAUGCUAAGUGGAAAUUGGGCUGGGGGAGGACUCAAAAGGCAAUUUUAAAUUAAUAAAUAGUGCUUAAUGUUUUUACUUUUCAGUAUUUUAGGACAGCAGCGUAUUUUUUUUUUUUUUAAAGCUGUUAGACAUCCCUUGAUUUCAGCUUCUUGUACCUUUAAGGUUUGAAGGCCAUUUUUGACCUCUUUCCUGAUGAAAGGAGGAGGAUUAAGGACAGCCUGGACACCUAACAUCACAAGAGGGACCACCAGGCAGGAAGAAACCAUGGCAUUAACUGCAUUCCUGUAUUUAGAAAAUGCUUCAGCAAACACUGUUACUUCAGCUUGCAACAUAGACGAAAGAUUACUUACCCAUGGGGCAUUUGUUUUUAAUGCUCAGGACAUGUCAUCCCCAAAGUCGUUUUGUGUCAUUCCUUUAUAAUAUUUUUACAUACAUUUUCAUGUGUGUAUGCAAAAGUACACGGUGCAUUUUACAAAUGCAUACCAUGGGGAUAACUAACAAUUUUUGAUGGGGUGCAUGCUCCAAAAUAUUUAGUAGAUGCUGUUUCUUUAGGUCAUUACUACAGGAGAUUAGUGUUUGGCCCUCCUAAGAGUAACUCAUGAUUAUUUUUAAAAUUAGGAGUCUGAAAGUAGAAGCUAUUGUAGCAAUCCAAAGAGGAUGAUCUUGUUUAAUUUUAGCUUAAUUGCUGAAGUCUUUAUUUGUAAAAUUAAGCUACCUUUUACAGCCAACAGAUACCCAGAAUUAACUGUUAGAACCAACUCAUGCUCCUAUCUAUUACUCUUAUAAUUCAUAUUUUAUGUUUUUAGACAUUUUCUUCUCACAUGUUAAGCCGGUGUAGUAUUUUCAUAUAUUACAUGGUAAAAGAACUGAGUUAAUGUUGUAGAUCAGUGAUUAAAUUAGUUUUAGCAAUUAUUCUUCAUCUUAAGACCUCUGUACUUUUACCCUCUCAUUCUGAGGAAUUCCUACAUUUUUAUAGAGGAAAGAUUACUAAGAAAUUUUUUGAAAAUAUCCAUCCUAUAAAUGCAUGUAAACUAAAAUAAUAUUUGACCAUUAAUUGCACUAUAAACCAGGUUGAAUGUUUUCCAGUCUUAAUUUAUGGCAGUUUUGUUUCUUCAAGUCAACAGACUAAAUGUAAUUGUAUUUCCUAUAGAUUGUACUUGUGAGCCUUCAAGUUACCAAUAUACAUUCUUACUUGACCUUCCAACAACUGGAUCAGGUUGGCAGGUAGGUAGGCCAGUAUUUUUUAAUCUUUAUUUUGUGGACAGAAAAUUGAGGCUUAAGGGAGUUUAAGUAAUAUGCCCCAAAGCCAAACAGCUAGUGAAUAGCUAAUUUGUCAUUUGAACUCAGGUCUUUCUGAUCUUAGAAACCAAGCUUUAUAAAACUGGUGUAUAUUGUGUAUGAUUUAUUUACCUUGUUUCACAUUUUUGGAACAUACAUGUUUUCACUUCUCAUUGCUAGUUAGACAUCUUUGGUUAUUUCAGCCUUGAAAUCCUUUCGCUCUCCAUGCCCAGCAGGCACAGAACUGUCUUUAAAACUAGGUUUCGGUUCUUAGGAGGCAAUUGGGAUUUAGUACAAAGAAUAUUAUUCUUGGACUCAGAAGAAUGAGUUGGAAUGUAGGCAUGUACCAGCUCUCAGCUUAUGAUUUGGGAUAAGUUGCUUAGCUUCUCUGAGCCCCUCGCUGUUAGGUAAAACUGAGGCUAAAAAUAAGUCUGUUGUCAAGGUUAAACGUAGGAAAGCAUCUAGCAAGAAUGGCUGGAUUCCUGGAACUGGGAUUCUCAUAGCAUAAAGGCAAACAGCAGAUUGUUUUCUUGAAAUUUUGAUGACAUCACUGUGAUUAUCUUUAGAGUUUUUUAGCCUGCGUUAGCCAGUAGUUGUAAGAAAUAUACUUGUAUUUUUGAAAUAAUAUAGGAAGGGUAUUCAGUUGUUACCCACUGCCCCCCUAUUUCCCCAUUUUAAGGGUGGAAAUACAGUUGACCUGGGCUUUGCAUAUUUAUUUUAUAGGCUUUCCUCUGCUGGGUCAUUAACAUUGGUUUUCAGAGCUAUUUUCUCAGUAAAGGAUGAAUGCUUCAGGUCUUUUGUCUAUGUUGAAGACACCUUAAAUGGGGAGAUGAAGUGACACUAUCAAAUGUGUAUCAGUGCAGCCCUGGACAAUGCACAUUUACAUCCAUUAUCUUCUUUAAUCCUCACAGUGUCCCUUUGCUAUAAUAAAGUUGACUUUUCCCAGGGUUUGCAGUUCUUCAAGCCAUUUGUAUUUGAGCAUGCUUUUGCAAGAGAUUUUCAAACAUUGGUUUUCACAUGAAACUCAGUGGUUCUCAAUCUCUUCCUAAUCUAGAGUGCUGUGAGUACUUCCUUCCCUGCAAAGAAAAGCAACCUUUUUAUAAGUUAUCAGUUCAGGUUUGAGUUUCUUCUUGUGAUGUAACCUGAUGCAAUGUUUGCUUGAAUCACUAAUCAUGUAAUUGAUUUCUUCUAGUCAGUCAUAGAUGAGUCAGUGAUCACAUGUUCUUUUUAGUUUAAACUCAUUUCCCUUUUUCUAGGUGAAGAUCUUUAUCAAAUGGCUUGCUGCUGUGUUGUCUAGAGCAGUUACUGCACACCUCAGUGAAGCAGGUACAGAGUCAGCAGAGCUUCUUGCUAAUUUAUUUUGCAACAGUCUAGGAAACAAAGGGUCCCAUUUUUAAAGGAACUCAAGAGACUUCCAGGCAAAAUUCCUUUGAUCCUUUUCAGAAGUCUUGCAUCUGAAAGCCCCAGUGUGGUUCAGAUCCUCUUUAGAGUUGUGUGGAGCCUUGUAAAUUAGUCAGUGUGUUUCUAUAAUAUUUAAGAUUGUGCUGUAAGAAUGAGAGGUUGGAGCUAGUUAAAGCAAGGGAUAGGUGGCCAGUGUUGCCAGAUAGUAGUUAGGAUUAUAGAGUUAAAGAUGGGGUCACUUACAUAAUACUGAAACAUACAAGCUCUAGAUUCUUGAAUUUCCCCCAUUACCAUGUCCUUUAAUAAGUCUCCUGGGAUCCUUCUAAUGGUUGAAAUAAAUGAUGUUUUGUCCUAUACCUGUCCUUUCAUUUAACACAUUCUUAAUGUACCUCUGUGUGCCAAAUACUGUGCUAAAGGAAAUGAUAAUGCAUAAAAACUGACUGUCUCUAUCCUCAAGGGGCUUAAAGCCUAGUGAUGAAAAUUACCGAACAUGUAAAAAUGGAGCCCGGGACAGAUAAUGGAAAAGAAACUGGUUGCAUGGUGUCCUGAGCACUGUCGACCUUACAGAGAGAGAUGUCUGCCUUAGAAAGCCUUCCUAGAGGCAGAGACACGAGCUAAGAUCUGAAGCAUGAGUAGGAGCUUAAGAAGCCAGGGAAGAGGGAACAGAAUGUAUAGUGAAUGGAAGGUAUUGAAAGAAAUCCAGUGUGCACUGCGCUGGGGGGCAGUUACGCAAGUGAGGCCAAGUCAUGUGGGACUUUACAGGAAGAGUGACCAUAUAAUUUGAUGAAUAAAUUUAUCAGCCAGACUGAGACAUAUGAGGAAAACAUGGUGCUAUUAAUAAUUAAACCCGGGCUGUAAGCAUCAGCCAGGACAUAAAGGCACCUCACUGUUACAGGCCAUGUAAAGAGUCUUAUCUCUUUGACUAAAAGCACUGCAGCUAGCGGCUUGUGGAUUUCGUGAGGAACACGUCAAGAGGAUAGAGCACCUUCAGUUCGAAAGGAACCCAACUAGGACUAAAAGAGUUUUACAGGACAGCUAGGCUGUUAGGGUUUGUUCUGUUCUAGAUAUCAAUGACUUUCAUGCUUUAAAGGUUUAGCUUGGAAAGUUGGAGUUUAGUGUGAGCUGCUAGACUGGAUGCAUGUUUGCGGUAUAUGAAAUAGCACAAUUGAAACAUUUUUGAGUAUUUACACAUUUUCUUCUUAUAGCACUUGUCAUUUUUGCCGUGGGUGUGUAUUUGAGUCGAAUUUAAAAGAGUAGUUUUAUUGUUAGUUUACGUUUUAUGUGUAUUUCUUGAACCUAACUUUUAAAAAGGUGUGGGCCACUUAAAAAUUUUUUUCUUUAAAUUCAUGUAAACAUUUUCUGCAGUAAAUUGUAUAGUGACUUUCAUACACCCAUGUAAUCCACACUCCAAGUAAGAUACAGAACCUUUCUACCACCCCAGAAAAUUCCUUUUUGGGGCACUUAAAAUUUGUUUAUGAAAUACAGUUGUGGAGCCAGGCCUCAAAUUAGAAAUAAGUUGUUUUUCCUCUCUUUUUAUAACUAUUUUUGCUUCCUAAACAUGCAGUAAUGGUUACUUUAAACAUGAUGCAAAUUGUCGCCAGAAGAAACCAUUGCUUUUCAACUAGUUAUGAUUUAGUGGUUACUAAUAUAGUGCAUCCCCGUCCAAUUUGCUAUGGCUUUUUAGUGUUUCAAAAUGAAUAGUAAAAUUUGAGUCAUAUCCCUAUCACUGACUCACAAGCUUACUAAGGAUUGCCUGUUGUUGUUUAUUAGCCUAAACGUCACAAUCUUGAUCAAUCCAAAGAUUGUGGUAAUGCCAACUUUCCACAAUGCUCCCCCUACUUUUAGUCUGAUUGUGUCACUUUAGGGUAGGUUUUUCCGGUAAGACAACUGUUAAAUUUAUAUUUAUAGCUGAGUCCUAGCCUUGAAUACUUCCUUUCAUCUCAAAAUUCUCAACUCCACUUGCCAGUGAGCAGUUAGAAUAUUGACCUAAGUUAUAGUAGAAUUAGUCGUGAAAAUGAUUGAAUUCAAGAACUGUGAAUCAUUGUGUUUAAAGAUUCUUGAAAGCAGAGAUGCCAAAACUUGUUCUAAAGAGACUGUUCAUGAGUUUGGGAUCUCCUGAGGAUUAGGAAGAGGAGAUAAAUCACCAAUGAUUAAAAAGGAAAUUAAGUCUUUUCCCUAUACUGUCUGACUUGGAAUCUGAGCUUGAAUCAACUUUUUUUUCUUAAGGUCAGUGUGUUCUGUUUAGUAAAGACUUUGCUGCUGAAGUGAUGGUGGUAAAUGACUUAAACAUUUCUUUCUCUGCAGUAUUAAUAUUUCAGGGCUUUUCCCCACCCCACCCACACCAUUUUGGAAAGAAUGGCAAGUCAGGUGAAGAUGAAAGGAAGGUUUUAGCCAAAUUUGCUCUGUGGAGACUUGUCAACAACACAUUUCUAAUUAGAGAAGUCCACUGUCUGAUUACAUCUUCAUAUCACUAGUUGAAUCCUUAUUUUAAAAAUGUUUCAUGCAUUUAGCACAGGAAAAUUCAAAAGGGUGUUUUCAUUGUACACAUGUUGGAAUGAUUUUUCCUUCAUGUCUCUUAAUAUCAAGGCUUCCCAGUAGCACUAGUUAGCUCUAGACCCUCUGUUCUGCUGCUCUGAUUCUGUGAAAUUCUGACCUGAUGCUGCCGGCACUUUGUGUAGACAUGCUAUAGAAAAUACUCAGUGUUGGGGUAUAAAUUUGGUUAUUUGCAUUCCUUAUCAACGGAGAAUGCAAAUGUACUUUCUUUAAAUGUGGUUUGCCAUGAAUUCUACUAAAUGCUUGCAGCCCAGAAGUAAAGAUUUCUCCUGUGUGCAUUCCUUCACUCUUUGUUACAGACCUUUAAGGGUAGGUAGACAUUUGUUCCUGUAGUCAACUCUGAUCAUGGUAGAGUGAUGUCAUACUGCUAUCGGCCAAUUUGAGGCUAGAAUUCAGGUUUGGCUGAGGUCAGACACCAGCUCUUAACCAAUAUCACAUCUUUCUGGUCUGCUUUCUGGUCCCAUUGCAUUAUGAUUGUUUGCAUUCAUGUCUGACUUGCCCACUAGUCAGGAAGACUUGAAAGCCAGGGAUUCUUAGACCAGACUGCAGAAGAUUCUAAAAUUAGUUGAUCUGUUCAUUCAUAAAUAUUGAGCACUUACUUUGUGUUCAGAAUUGUUCUAAGCUCUGGGAGAUAGAGCAGUGAACCAAAAUUUCUACCCUCCAAGUGGGGGACUGAAAGAAGCCACUAAGAUGUGUGAUCUUUCAAAAAGGGGUAGUUUUAAGGAGCAGUGCUGCUGUGCUGAUGCUGUGACUGCACGCCACGGUGCAGCCCUGUGCGAGAGCCCUGUGGAAAUAUAUGGGGUGUUGGGGGGCAGGGAGGAGGGGUAGUGAAUGGCAGGUUGCUAUUUUAAGUCAAGGAAGGCCUCACUGAUAAGCUGAUAUUUGAGGGAAACGGCCAAGGAGAUAUCUGGGAAAAGAACAUUCCAUUCAAAUAAUUCCGUGAUUUCCAGAGUCAUCCAGGCUCUCAAUUCUCCCAGAUGCAUCAUUAUCAGUGGGCAGACUUGGGCGCUCUGGCAGUUGCUCUUCUGAGUAAUUUUUUACUUAUUUUUUUUUUUUUUGGUAUUAUAUGCCACAGGAAUAAGCACAACUUUGAUAGCUGGAAAACCUGCUGAGUUUUUCUAACCCCUCUUCCCCCCAUUUAAGAGAGAAUGGCAAACCCAAAUCAACAGGCUGAUAAGAUCUGAAUUUUUUUUUAAAGUCUUAUAUGUUUAACUCUAUUCAAUAAAUAUGAAAUGAGAACUGGUGUUCAGUGUAAUGAUACAGGCCCAGCAAGGUGCUCAGUGUCUUGUUGGGAUGUAUCCCUGGGUAAGCUAAAAAGCAAACAUUGGAAACAAAAAGGACUUUCUUACACUUAGAUAACUGGAAAAUUCAGUUAUCCAGAACGCCUGUUCCUGACAGAUCCUGAGAUUACAGUACAGGGACUAGUUAUUUAGAGCCCUGUCAUUUCAUGGAUGAGACUGGAGAUAAAAGCAAGUUUGUAUUACCUUCAUCAUACACUCAAAAAUCAUGGACUCCUUACUCUUUUUGGUGCUGGCAUGUACCUGGUAUAUUCUUGAGUGACAGAACGUACUUGGGGUUAGGGUAUACAAUUGAAUAUUUGCAUUCCUUAUCAAAGGUGAUGCACAUGUAACUUUCUUAAACGUGUUUUGCUAUGAAUUCAGCCUAGAAGCUUGUAGUCCUAGGAGUAAAAGUAUCUCCUUCAAAACAGUUUGAAAUUUGCUUUCUCUCCAGUCUAGGUUAUCUUGCUUUUGCUGUAUAAAAAUCGAAUCAGUAUUUUUAGCAUUUCAAGGUGAAGGCCAAGUCAUUCAGAUAUGAUUCUCAUCUCAGAGUUUAAACAAAGCUUAAGAUGAGGCAGAAAUCUGUUUCUGGGUUUGAGAUAGGUUCCUUCUCUAUGCCUCUAAAUAUAAACCAGAUAAUUCUCACAUUUGACUAGAAAAUGGCAGGAUGAGAUUGAGGUUCAAAGGAAAGAGAAAGAGUGAAAAAAGGGAAAAUGUGCCUUCAGAAACAAUGAUAUUAUUAUGUAGGAUUUCACAUAAAGGAGUAUUUUAUCCAAAUCAAGUAUUUAGCGCAGAUGCCCUGGGAUUUUGGGAGGGGUCAUUUACAUGGACUCAAACUCCAGACAUUUACAUUGUUAAUUAUUUCAAAAUUUUGUAAGUAUUUGCCUAAUGACGAUAGGGUCACAAAGAAAUUUCCCUAAUGUCAAAUCUGGGAACACAAAUAAAAUAACCAUAUUAAUUUGUAACUCAAUAUCAUGGAUACAGAGAGUGAUUACAGCCUUGUGAAUCUGCUAAUAAUAUUUAUUGCAAUAAUCUGUG